CCUCUCUCUCUUCCACUCUCUCUCGCCCCCUACACCAGUGUCUCCCUCUCUGCAUGUGUAUGGAAACCUGCAAUACAGCAUGGUUAGGACUGUUAUUUUCUCUCCCAACGUCUUGCUAUUUAUUUCUGCUGGCACGUUUUCAUUGACACCUACUGCUCAUCAGCCGAAUCGCGUGAAAGCAUGUGUUUGCCAGGACACUGCAUCGGAAAUCUCCCUGAGCGCUGUUGACACAGCCAAACGGGAAACGCUCUCCGCUUUCUGCUGAUGCGGCAGUGCCGAGAGAUACCCACUGUGCUUUUAUUGCCCCCUAAUGUAUUCAGUCCACUCAGUCGCACCAUCAUAUUUUCUCGUGGCCAACAGCACAUGACGCUGGGAGAGUUUGACGGUCAAAGAAGCAAACGGAUAUCUUGUUGGUCCUGGGUCCAGUGUGUCGCGCGCUACUGCUUGCGCUGCCGCCGUUGUUGGGGCAUGAUUUAACAUUGUCCGUCUAAAGUCUUUCGAGGUAAAAAGCCUUUUACCGGUACCGCACUGGCAUCCCAACCUCCGCUGGAAGACUAUCGAUGCGAAAAUUGCCGCUGGAUGUCCAUAAAGACAAUAUAGCCUAUGAAUAUUUCAGGAGUGCUCAUAGUGCGCUGCGCGCUGUAAAGUGAUAUCCAUAUUAAAACAGAGAAGGGAGCGCAAAGUUCUUACGGUGGCCAGAGUGCUCACUGAAGGGAUACGGAUCACAUGCAUGCAGAGGUCCUCUCCAAAUCAACAAAAGGUGACAGACCAGACGAAGCAUUUGCAGCAGUGUGAGUGGGAAGAGUGAAGCAAUGGUCGACUCGGGGAAGAACACCGUGCUGGAGCCAAACUGAGGCGUAACGAGCUCGGUCCUCCACUGGUGUCACACACGCAAAGUGUGGGAACCGGAGAGGGAGACGGCGCGGAGAACUGGAUGCCUGCUCGGCCGACCUCGGCAUCUCCUGAAGUGUCGUAAGCCCCGUGUCCACGAUGACCGUGGUGGCUGGAGAUAACAUGGACGAGACCGCCACUCUCCCGGGGCACCCGCAGGACUCGUACCCCCCGGACCACGAGGACCACGAAUGCUGCGAGAGAGUCGUGAUAAACAUAUCGGGACUGCGCUUCGAGACCCAGCUCAAGACACUCGCCCAGUUUCCGGAAACGCUUCUGGGCAACCCGAAGAAAAGGAUGCGCUAUUUUGAUCCAUUACGAAACGAAUACUUCUUUGAUAGAAAUCGGCCAAGUUUUGACGCUAUUCUCUAUUACUAUCAGUCUGGGGGCAGACUAAGGAGACCUGUAAACGUACCCCUGGAUAUGUUUUCGGAAGAGAUAAAGUUUUACGAACUUGGGGUUGAUGCCAUGGAGAAAUUCCGAGAGGACGAGGGGUUUAUACGAGAAGAGGAGCGCCCACUACCAGAUAAUGAGUUUCAGCGCCAAAUCUGGCUGCUGUUUGAGCACCCUGAAAGUUCUGGGCCAGCACGGGGGAUUGCAAUCGUGUCAGUAAUGGUCAUUCUGAUCUCUAUAGUCAUCUUUUGCUUGGAGACAUUACCUGAACUUAAGGAGGACCCGAAGGGAAGGUUUCAAACAGUGGGGAACCACACCUUUUUCUACAAACCAAAUAUUCUGACCGACCCCUUCUUCAUUGUGGAGACUCUCUGUAUCAUCUGGUUCUCUUUUGAACUGAUUGUGCGCUUUUUCGCCUGUCCCAGCAAAGCGGCAUACUUUAAAAAUAUGAUGAAUACCAUAGAUUUAGUGUCCAUCAUACCCUAUUUUAUCACACUGGGCACUGAGCUGGCAGAUGAUCCAGACAAUCAAGAAGAGAAAUCAGCAGAACAGGCCACAUCUCUAGCCAUCCUCCGAGUUAUCCGUCUGGUAAGGGUGUUCAGGAUCUUCAAGCUGUCAAGACACUCCAAGGGGCUCCAGAUAUUAGGGCAAACCCUAAAAGCCAGUAUGCGAGAGCUGGGACUGCUUAUAUUCUUUUUGUUCAUUGGCGUCAUUUUGUUCUCCAGUGCAGUGUACUUUGCUGAGGCCGAGGAGAAGGAGUCCUAUUUCACCAGCAUCCCAGACGCUUUCUGGUGGGCGGUGGUGUCUAUGACCACUGUGGGAUAUGGGGACAUGUACCCCGUCACCAUUGGUGGAAAGAUUGUGGGUUCUCUGUGUGCUAUCGCCGGUGUGCUGACCAUCGCUUUGCCGGUGCCCGUCAUCGUGUCCAACUUUAACUACUUCUACCACCGAGAGACUGAAGGCGAGGAGCAAGCCCAGCUCCUAAAUGUGAGCGACCCCAACAUCGCGUCCGAUUCAAACUCGAGUCGACGCAGCUCGUCCAUCGUCAGUAAGUCGGAGUACAUGGAAAUAGACGAGGACAUAAACAACAGCAUUGACAAUUUCAGAGAUGCAAACCUCAGAACUGCUAACUGCACGGUUGCGAACCAGAACUGUGUGAACAGAGGAAAGCUCCUAACUGAUGUGUAGGACUGCGCAUAGAACCUCCCCUUAAACGCAGAUCUGGAGAUCCCUACCCUCAACUGUAUAUAGUGUUUUAAUACAACUCGAAUGCUUUAUCGACGUCAAUGCGUUCUUGCAUUGCAUUUAUGAGAAAAAAAAAUCACGAACCGAGAGAGUAUUUACACGCCCUGUGGUUGAACAUGGGCGAUAAUGUCAUCUGCCUGAUUUGUGAGUGGGAUAGUUCAAAGCACAUUCAAAGACAUUUGAUAGCUUUUGUUUGACCACUCAGACGAAAUCCAGUACAUCGGGCACUCCUAAUGAUUGUCACAGAUUUUGACAAGUGGCGCAAAACAGCAAAAGGUUGGAAACGGUCGAGCAUGGAUUACAGGUCAACUUCUCUGUGUUGCACAAAGCAUCCUUUCAGAAGUCUUCAGCACCUGCAGAUGCAUCGAUCAGUGUGGUUUGCUUUCGAUGGAUGUGACACAUACUUGAGCUCAACGGAUCAGCAACGCACCUUAUCCAGAGGUUGGGGGUGGUGGCGGAGGCGGGAGGUCUCGCGCAGAGAUCUUACACUGGACUGGCGAGGCGGUUCUUGUCUGGAAGACAUCUGCAAUGCUGCUACUUUCUUUCCCGCAGAUGCUAUAUCUUAAAUCUUGUCCCAUAGGGUACAAUGCCAUGAGAGGGUAGAACGUUAAAGGAGAGCUUGAUUUUUAGCAUGUUGAAAUAUUCUUUGUUUUAAAUUAUGGCAUGCGCUAGACUUUACCUCAUGAAUCUGGUUUUCCCCUUUCUUAAUAGGCCUACUUCAUUUAACCGUUUUUAUUGUUUUUUUGAGACUUCAAGCCCUCAAUAUUUGAGUUCUCUCUCAUUUUGCUUUUCACCAAAAGUGCACUGGUUAUUUAAGUUGUGAAUAAUUUAAAAGCAUUUAAGUGCUGAAUGUUCAUUCUUAAGGGAACAGUUAUAAUUUUUUUCUCUCAAGAUCAUAGCAUGUCAAAUACUAAGCAUUAUUGCAUAAACGACAGAGGUACUAUGUAUCUAGGUAUAUACAUUGUAUAAUGCAUGAUGCCAGUAUUAAACAGUUUGGGGCCUGGAAGGCCCCUGGCAGGAUUCACCCUAUCGUUAAGCAAGUUGAUGACGCCUGGCACUUAGCUGGGUGGUGCGGGGGAUGAUAUAAAGGAAAACAACUUCACUUGUCCAAAAACAAAACAAAACAAAACAAAACCAUUUUUUUUACAUGACUAAUCAAACUGCCCACACCUCUGCACUGUACAGACAGUAUUGCGGAGAACAGGCAGUUGCAGAACAUGGACGCUGCACCUCGUGUAACAGCUGAGCCAUGGUGUAAAUUAUGGAUUUCUAACGUGAACCGGAUUCGAGUUCUGUUCUCCUUUCAUUUUGGAAAAGCGUUGGUUUAUGAUCAGCCGGACCAUCUUGGUACGCGUUUCCAUGCAUGUUUUAUGACGACGACAACAACAGCAAAAUGGCAACUGAUUUUAAAAUGACUUACAUAGUGCCUUUAAUCCUCUAUCUCACAAAACAACUGAAAAGUGCCUCCCUGUACAAUAGCAUCAAGUAGAUACAGAUAAGUACAGAAUCUCUUAACUUGCUGUAAGAUGUACUUUGAACACAUCUGUACUCUCCUGACGGAGGAGGGGGGUAGUAGGACAGUAGAAAUAGAUCAUUGAUUCUACAAACAGGCUCCACCGGGCGAGGGUAUUUUUGGAAACAGUGUGGGAAGAGCAGGGCAAGACACAUGGCCGUGGUCAACCGUUAGGCUAGGGAAAAA